AGCGUUGGAAAUUCAACAAAAAUCACUUGGUCCUGAACAUGUUGAUGUAGCUGGGACAUUAAACAGGCUUGGUGAGAUGUAUUAUAACACUAAAAAAUACGACACAGCAAAAGAGUUUCACAAAAAAGCGUUGGAAAUUCAACAAAAAUCACUUGGUCCUGAACAUGUUGAUGUAGCUACGACUUUAAACUAUCUUGCUUAUUUAAAUAUUCGCACUAAAAAAUAUGACACAGCAAAAGGAUUUCACAACAAAGCGUUGGAAAUUCAACAAAAAUUACUUGGUCCAGAACAUGUUGAUAUAGCUUUGAGUUUAAUCGGUCUUGCUGAGAUGUAUUGCUUCACUAAAAAGUAUGACACAGCGAAUGAAUUUCUCAAAAAAGCAUUGGAAAUUCAACAAAAAUCACUUGGUCCUGAACAUGUUGAUGUAGCUACGACUUUAAACUGUCUUGGUUUUUUAAAUGUUCGCACUAAAAAAUAUGACACAGCAAAAGAAUUUCAUGAAAAAGCAUUGGAAAUUCAACAAAAAUCACUUGGUCCUGAACAUGUUGAUGUAGCUGCGACUUUAAGCAGGCUUGGUGAGAUGUAUUAUAACACUAAAAAAUAUGACACAGCAAAAGAAUUUCAUGAAAAAGAGUUAGAAAUUCUACAAAAAUCACUUGGUCCGGAACAUGUUGAUGUAGCUGCGACUUUAAACUAUCUUGGUUAUAUAAAUCUUUGUACUAAGGAAUAUGACAAAGCAGAAGGAUUUCACAACAAAGCGUUGGCAAUUCAACAAAAAUCACUUGGUCCAGUACAUGUUGAUGUAGCUUUGACUUUAAAAUAUCUUGGUGAUACAUACGUUCGUACUAAAGAAUAUAACAAAGCAGGAAAAUUUUAUAAAAAAGCGCGAGAGUUAAAAAAAAAAGCACUUUCUUCUGAUCAUGUUGUUGUUCCUAAAUCUUCGAAGAGUAUAGAAAUAAAGUCUGAUGAUACUGCUGAUGCUAGUUACCCUUCAAAUUUACACGUUCAUACGGAGGAAAUAGAAGAAAUUAACGAAAUUCUGCUAGAUAUUGCCCAAGAAAUUCCCGGUAAAUGGAAGAAAUUGGCAAUAUUUCUGAAGGUCAGAGAUCCGACAAUAGAAAGAAUUGAACAAAAUGAUCGUGACGUGGACUGGCAAGGGUAUAAAAUGCUAAAAUUUUGGUUCGAAUCAAGAGAAAAUAAGCAGUUGUGGUACGAAGAACUUGCCGCUGCUUUACGCAAGAUCGAGAAAAAUCGUUUGGCUAAAGACGUUGUUCAUAAAGCAUUGGCACUUUGAUGUUCUCUCCCUAACACAGUGAACUAAAAUACAUGGAACGCUGCCUGUUAUACAAAACCAUAAUAGUUAUUUGAAGACGUGAUUUUACCUCAGAAUCACAGGUUGAAAAUCAUGGUGACCAUUACACGAUUAACAUUGAAGUGCUG